GGCGCGCCAGCGGCCAUGGCCGCCGCGCUUGGCGCGGGCGGCAAGACAUGGGCGGCUGCGAGCGCGCGGACGCUCGCACGGCGACGCCGCCGAGAAGUUCGACAGGAGCUCGGAGCGUCUCGCGCCGCCGCGCUGGUGUCGCGCGGCAAGGCGCUCCGAGCCUCGCUCCGUGCACACUGGCGAUUAUGCGAUCGGCUGGGGGUGCAUUACCCCAGCGUCGGAGAGGCGUUGGCAGCGGCCAGGCUCCUCCAGUGGCCGCGCGACGAGCUUCUGGAGGUCGAGGACGCGCUGCGCUUCGGCCACCGCGCCCGGCACGCGCCCCCCCCCGGAGGCUGCAGGAGGCGCCCCGCAGUUGUCUGGCGGCCUGCCGUUGCGAGCGCAGGCCUUCGAGUGCGUCGUCGCGGGCCACGGCGCGGCGCUGCGUGCCGAGGCGCCCGCCUUUGCCCCCAGCUGCAUUGGCGAGGCGGCAGCCAGGGCGCGGGAGUCCGCCCUGUUGGCCGCGCUCGAGGUGACCCAGGUGGCCGGUGAGAAGGGCGUCGACGAGGUGAAGGAGACCGUCGACCAGGUGCUCGGCGAGAAGGCGCUCUUCGAGUCGCUCUUCACUCAGAAGGGCGAGACGUUCGAGGAGCAGGUGCUCGGCGAUAAUGCGUUCAUCGAGCCGCUCUUCACGCAGGAGGGAGAGACGCUCGAGGAGCAGUCGAUGGACGUCAUCAGCAACGACGCGGGCGUCGACCAGGUGCUCGGAGAGAACGCGUUCAUCGAGCCGCUCUUCGCGCAGAAGGGCGAGACGUCCGAGGAGCAGGGGCUCGGCGAGUACGCGUUCAUCGAGCCGCUCUGCGCGCAGAAGGGCGAGACGGUGCUGGGCGUCAUCCGCGUCGAGGUUGGCGUCGACCAGGUGCUCGGCGAGAGUCCGUUCAUCGAGCCGCUCUUCGCGCAGAAGGGCGAGACGUUCGAGGAGCAGGUGCUGGCGCCGCCGACCGCUGCCGCCGCGGAGUGCGGGUUUGUUUUGCUCCUGGGCGACCUCG